UUUUGGUUAUUUACCUAAUAAACAAACUCUGUCAGUUCUCCAUUGGGUUUACGACAAUCUGUCUCAACUGUUCUGUGAUGGAUGGUGACAGUGAAAUAAAGGAGCAUCUGAGGUUUCAGUUUCAAGCUCUUCAAGAGCAACAAGUUCAGCGCAUCCAAAGAAGACUGGAGAUGAGAAAGGAGAUGGACAGAGAUCAGACAAGCUCAAAUGCUGCUCCUCUCAGCAGUCUGGACAGUAUGAACCUCACAGAAGAGGAUGAAGAUUUGAUGGAUCUGUUCAAUGCCAGAGUGAUCCAGAAUGAAAAUGAACAGUUGCACGAUCAGCUAAGAGAGCUAAGGGAUGAGAACGGCAGAAUCCAUAAACUACUGAGUGAGAAAGACUUUGAGAUAAAACACCUGAAGAAGAAGAGAGAAGAGGAGAGGUUGGCAUUAGCAGGAACUGCUGGUCUGGCAGGAGAUGCUGCAGCGACCAAAAUUGUGGAACUGUCCAAAAAGAAUCGAGUGUUAGCUGCUGAAAUUGAACGAGAGAAAACCAAAACUAAGCAAGCAAACAACAGAGUCAAAGAACUAGAGAAAGAGCUUCAGGCCACAUUGUUACUUCAUCCUGGACAGAAGUCAAACAAAAAGCAGACUUCAACGAAUUUAGAAGACCAUCUUGAGAACAGUCCAGUUGUAAAAUCACUACAGGAGAAACUAUCUGCUGCCCAACUCAAAAUGACUGAGUACCGUAACCAGAUCCAGUCAUUUAAACAAGAGUUAAAAAUAGCUCAUAAGGUGUUAAGCUGUGAGGUGGGUGAGGAUGUCAGUAUUCAGCAGAUACUGUGUAAUCCAGGAGGCUGGAGAAGUCGCUCACAGCAGAUCCUCGCCCUUCAGAACAGAGUGCGAGACCUGGAACAACAAUUGAGCCAAUCAUCUCACAGGAAGCAGCUAUAUGACCUUGGUCUGGAGGAGGAGAUCUGGCCUGGAGGAGGAGGACCUGGAAGUUUGCAGAAGACACAGGACAGAAAUCUCAUCCACAUCCGUAAUAUAGAGAAAGAACGGAAGGAGACACUGGAGAAGCUCACUGUGGAUUAUGAAGUUCUGCUUGAAGAGCAUUCAGACAUGAAGAAGAAACUGGAGGGCUCCAAAGCCAGAAACAAAGUGUUAAGCACAGAAAUCAGAGCUCUGAAAAGCCAGAUCAGCACUCUACUGGAUAAGGGCAAACAUGACAAUGAGCUGGUCGAUGCCUUACUGAAGCAGCAGACACAGUGGCAGGCCAUGCUGCGUCAUGUGAGCCAGAAAGGGUCCCAGCUCGAGGAGGCCCAGCAGGACCUGGAGAAGCAGCUGCAACGUGAGGCCCAGCAGGACAACUCCCUCAUCCAACAGCUCAAACAUAUGGUGUCAGAGAAGGAGAAGAAAGUGAAGGAGCUGGAGCAGGAGAUCCAACAGCUCGGCCUAAAGAAACAAGAAGCAAGUGGCCGCCAGACCUUCACAUCACAACAGCAGAACAGCAGAGAGUCCAACUCCGCCAGGGAUGCAGGAGCGGCCUGUCCAGAGUGUGCUGUUAAAAUCCCAUCACUUCAAGCUCAGUGUGCAGAGUAUAAGGCUCUCUGUCAGACUGUUAGUGUGGAGAGAGACAGACUGCUGGAGCUGACCAAAGUGCAGCAAACCAGGGAAGAAGAGGUGAAGCGCCAGUGUGAAGAAACUGAGCAGAAACUUAGACUAGAAUGGCAGCGUUCAGUUCUACUGGAACAGCAGCUGGAGAGAGCCAAAUUGGACUCAAAGAAAGAAUCAAGUCUGCAAACGUCUAACCGGAUUAGAAGAGGAAGCUCUGGCAGCACUCUGAGUCUCCCUGAGAAACAGGAGGGCUUGUCUCCCAGAAGCUCCUGCGAAGUCACCCGUGAUGCUCAACAAAGCGAACUUAAAGCACGGCUGGCACUGCCACUGGAGGAAAACGAGGUCUUGAGAACCACUCAGAGGAACACGAUGAAGGACAAGACAGAAGCUUUACAAUUCUUCAAGGACACGAUGGCCCAAACCAAACAGGGCUUCCAGCAGGCCCACAGAAAGCAUGAGCAGGGCACUUAGUUUGGUCUAAACCUUGCUUUUGGAUAUGAAUGACACCAUCAAGAAGGCUAUUUGCUGGAAAACAGAAACAAGACAUGCAGUCCAUAGGGUGACCUGUCCCCUGUUGACCACACACAAAAUGUUCUAAGGAACCCAUAAUUUUUCUAGAUGUGAGAUGUUUUCAUGUUCCGACAAUUGACAGUAAGUGACCAAGAACUGAAGAAUGUUCUGAAGUCAUCACUGGAUAGUGAAAACCACUUGUUUUCUGAUAUAGAAGCCCUAUACUGUAUAUCCAAUCAAGAACUCAGGAACUGACAAAGUUAAUACAGGACAAUAAUACUUUGAAGCAAACUGGCUGAUUAGACCAUAGAGAGACCCUGUUUAUUUAAUGAAGGUAGGAGCAUUUUAAGAAACUAUUCAGGUAACCCAUGUUCCGAAGCUUUUUUUU